AUGCCCCUACUUGAAUCCGGCGCAACCGCAUAUGGAACGUUCGACGACAUGAGAGGAGAUACUGAGGAUGAAGGAGACCAUCUCCUUACGGAGGGAUAUAUGAGCGACGGUGAUGAUACAUCGUCUAUUGAUUCAGUCCAGGAGGGUGUGAGGAAAAUCGAGGCGAUCAACCUUACAUGGACAACCCAAACACUGAUAAUAGCUUAUAUCAGUAUUUUCCUUAUGGCUUUCUGUACUUCUCUGGAGGGCCAGACAAUAAUGUCGCUUUCCGCUUAUGCGACCAGCUCAUUUAGCAAACAUUCUUUGAUAUCUACCGUUCUUGUGGUCCAAAAUGUUGUCAAUGGUAUGCGCUCUGUGAUUAAGCCACCAAUGGCAAAGAUAGCCGAUGUCUUUGGCCGAUUCGAAGCAUUUUGCCUAAGCAUUCUGAUAUACGUCCUCGGAUAUAUUCAAAUGGCUGCGUCGACGAAUGUUCAAACUUACGCUUCAGCCCAGAUAUUCUACGCCGCUGGUUCUACUGGAUUGCAAAUCCUUCAGCAAGUUUUCAUCGCGGAUAGUAGUAGCCUUCUUAACAGGGCACUUUUAGCUCUUUUACCCGAGAUGCCGUUUCUUGUCACGGUCUGGAUAGGGCCAACGAUUGCCGAUGCAAUACUUCAAGCUACUUCGUGGCGCUGGGGCUACGGGAUGUGGUCCAUCAUAUUGCCCGCCUCGUUUCUCCCGUUGGGUCUUUCUCUGCUACUCAACCAACGAAAAGCUAAGCGACUCAACUUGAUAAAAGAACGACCGCAUCACCGACGUGGUAUUAUUGCGACAGUCCGUCGUACCUGGUAUGAUCUUGAUAUAUUCGGGCUAACACUGCUUUCUGCGGCUGUCACAUUGAUACUUGUCCCCCUUACUCUUGCCGCAAACUCAAAGAAUGGGUGGAAGAGCAACAACAUCAUCGUGAUGAUUGCGGUGGGUGUUGUUUGUCUCAUAAUUCUUCCCUUUUGGGAAACCUCAAAAAGGCUUGCGCCCAAGCCUCUUCUAUCCCUUCAUCUUCUCAAACAGCGGACUGCACUUGCAGGAUGCACCUUGGCGUUCUUCUACUUCAUGGCUUUUUACUUCUCGGUCCAGCCAUAUCUCUACUCCUACCUACAAGUCGUACAAGGAUACGACGUUUCCACGGCCGGCCGUGUUACGCAGACUUUCGCAUUUACGUCAACCAUCGCUGCAUUCGGGGUUUCUAUCUUGAUCAAGUAUACACGCCGUUAUCGUGUAUAUGUGACUAUUGGUUGCGUUGUGUACAUAACGGGUCUGCUGCUAAUGUUACUGUGCCGCAAGGAGGGUAGUUCCGCUCUCCAAGUUCUGGGAACACAGAUCAUUGUUGGCGCCGGGGGCGGCCUCCUCAACGUUCCUGUACAGCUCGGCGUGCAAGCGUCUGCCAGCCACCAGGAAGUUGCGGCUGCAACUGCUAUGUUCCUCACGUCCAUGGAGAUGGGCGGUGCUGUGGGUGCUGCUAUUUCCGGAGCCGUCUGGACCCAUAACAUCCCGCGCAAGCUUGCUCUUUACCUCCCCGACGAAUAUAAGUCUGAAGCUGGGGAGAUUUUUGGGAAGCUGACCAAGGCUUUGUCUUACGAGAUGGGAACGCCAGUUAGGGCUGCAAUCAAUCGCUCCUAUCAAGAGACGAUGAACAAGUUGUUGGUAUUGGCUCUAAUAGCCACGCUUCCGCUGAUUCCGUUGAGCCUUCUUAUGUCUAACUAUAGAUUAGACAAGGUGAGUCGCAUGAACUAA